AUGACGACUCCUCCACUUCUUCGUGUUCGUCGUCAAUUAAGUGUUGCAUUAUAUGGUCAAGUCCUUGAAUGUGAAUUACCUGGACAUGAUGAGCCAGUUGCAGUAAAAUGUCUGUCACUUAUGCAAGCACAUGAACGUCAAAGUCAAGUGCGUACUGCUCGAGAGAUUGAUAAUCCCAUUCAAGAACAACGAGUGGCAGCCCUGCUUGUAGCUAAUGGAGGACACUGUAAUGUCGUACAGCCUUAUUUGCACUUUGUUUACGAUGAAACAUUGUAUCUUGUGAAUGAACUUUGUGAAGGUGGAGAUUUGCACUCGCUUGUAGCAGAACGUCUUGAUGCAGCAAGAUUUCUAGAGGAACAUGAGGUUUUGCCACUAAUGGAACAAGUUUUAGCAGGUGUUUACUAUUUACACACAAUCCUAGGCGUUGCACAUCGAGAUUUGUCUCUUGAGAACGUCCUCAUAAGUCGUGGCGUAUGCAAAAUUACAGACUUUGGACUCUCCACGGACGCUCGACGUAUGUGUGACGGUUGCCAAGUGGGUAAAGAGUUUUAUAUGGCACCAGAAGUCGUUGCAGGAGAGCGAUACGAUCCUGUGCUGGCCGACGUGUGGUCACUAGGUAUCAUGUGGUUCAUUCUACUGACAGGUUCACCAUUGCUGUCACUUGCAUCACCAUCUGUAAAAGGCUUUAAGGCUGUCGUUCAACAUGGUGUAGGUGCUGUAAUUGACUCAUGGGGUCACUCAAAUCGUAUAUCAAAAAACACCAUCAUGCUAUUGGAAAAGAUGCUUCAAAUUAACCCUCAACGUCGUAUAUCGCUCUCUCAAGUGCUAGCUCAUCCUGUAUUUCAUUAA